UUUAUGAGCAAAUUUUGCCAAAUGAUGCUUUUGGAUCAGUCAUGUUACAAAAUCUAAAAUAUCGAAAUAUAGAACUUCGUGGAAUACAUGCUUAUCCUGAUCUUGAAAGUCAAAAAGAUAGAUAUUUAUCACGAGGAUGGACUCAUGCUGAAGCUGUCGACAUGAAUGAAAUUUAUGAUAUUUACAUAGAUUCGAAGGAACAUGCUAGGUAUUUCAUUUGCUGUUAUUGGAUUAAUAGUGUUAAUAGUCGAUAUAUUAUUAAAUAUUUUUGA